AUGGUAGUGGACGAAUUCAUGGUGUGUGUGGACAAAAUCAUAGCAUCUGCAGCAUGUUUUCAAGAAUCAUCGACAACAUCGUCGUCAUCUACGAACGGCGUUGGGGGAGAAGAAGCUAUUGUUGCAGCUGUUGAUGUUGUCCGAGCAAAUGGUGAUACGGGUGCUAAUAAAGAUGGGAUCUUUCGUAGUGAGGGUGAAGGGCCUUCGUUUUCUUUUGUGAAGGAAAAAUGUCUGAGCUUGAGGGAGUGCAGAAUUUGUCAGGAAGAAGAUGAGGAGAAGGACAUGGAGGCCCCUUGUUCUUGUAAUGGCACUCUCAAGUUUGCUCAUAGGAAGUGCAUUCAGAGAUGGUGCAACAAAAAAGGCGAUAUCACCUGUGAAAUAUGCAAUCAGGUUUUCUCACCAAAUUAUAGCAGUCCACCACCGAGAAGCAAUGCUGAUGUUAUGGCUAUUGAUAUUAGACAAGCAUGGGGCCCACAUAUUGAUCUUCGGGACCCUCGAUUCUUGGCUUUUGCGGUGGCCGAACGGCAGUUUCUGCAAUCGGCAUAUGAUGACUAUGCCUUUGCAAAUAGUGGGACUCUUACCUGUUUUCGUACAGUGGCACUCAUAUUGAUGCUUCUCUUGCUGAUACGUCAAACUCUAAUGCUGACGAGAGACUUUGGAAUGUUGCGUGAAUCAUCGGUUUUCUUCAAUUAUCAGAUUACCAUUCUUCAGCUGGCUGGUUUUCUUCUUCCCUGCUAUGUGGUGGCUCGUUCAUUUUACAUCGUACAAUGCCGAAGGAGGAGGCAGGUUUGA